CGAUAUAUCAUGCCACUCAAAGGCAAGGAGCGAGUACCGAAAGGAGACCUAGCUAUAACGGCCUCAUUUACCGAGUUUAAGCGCCAAUUUGAAGGCUUCACUCACGAUUGGUCUAACAUUGUCGUCGCUGGAUCAGCUGCACUUAUACCCUUGCUAUCUAUCCGCAGAGACAUAAAACCCACUGUGACUGCUGCAGUUGAAAGGCCACUUGAGCACUAUUACCAGACCGUCGCAAACGUCAGUGACAUCGAUAUCUUCAUAUAUGGAAUCGACAGCGAGGAAGCAGCGAUUCAGCGCAUCCGAGAAGUGGAAGCUGUGGUACGGAAGAAUCAGCGACUAUUACAUGGCGAGGGCCUCUCCAUACGAACCAAAAAUACCGUGACUUUCGUUUCCCCAAAAUGGCCGUCACGUCACAUCCAGAUUAUAUUGCGACUCUAUCGAUCUGUGACUGAAAUUUUGACUGGCUUUGAUGUCGACUGCGCUUGCGUUGCCUUUGACGGCCGCCACGUCUAUGCUACUCCGCGAGGCGUCACGGCCAUCGUAACGCGAACCAACACCAUCGAUCUCACGCGCCGAAGUCCAUCUUAUGAAAGCCGCUUAUUCAAGUACCGGAAACAGGGAUUCGAAGUGUUUUGGGAGUCAUUGGACCGAUCGCGAAUUGACAUGGGGCUAUUCAGAAGUCUCUACGAGGGACGUGAGCUCCAACCAAAAAAGCUGAAAGGCCUCGCCCGGCUAAUCCUGUCGGAGAUGGUUCUCGAGUAUAAACAACGUCCGUACGACAGGUACUUGAUAAAGCGAGCCUUGAAGAAGCUCGAUGAUGCUCGUGACCCAGAAUUCCUUGCCCCCACUGUUUACACGAGCCUCGAGAUCCCAUACACCACACAAUUCACAGCAGAUAAGGUUCGCAAGUUCGCUGCCAAACACUCCAACAUUCCAUUUUUGUCCGGUUCAUUGAACGAAGUCAUCAGUGGACCGGGGUGUUGGAGACCAACAAACGAAGAGAUAUCUGGAAGAAUUCGUUUCAUGAAGGAAAACCCUGGGCGACAGAUGAUUGGGAGCUUUUAUCCGCUCGACGCGGACAACUGGGCUGAGGCUGCAUAUGAGUUGAAUCUUAGUGAUACGGAUGAUAGUCAGCGAUACUCAUCGGAAAGCGAUGGAACAGACGGUCAGCUGAGCGAGGAAGAUGAUACCGUGGAAGAGAACAGCGAGGAGAGUAACAGCGAGGAGCAGAAUAGUGAAGAUAAUGAUAGCGAGGAACACGAUAGUGGAGAACAAGACAGCGAUCAGGGGCGAAAAAUAGGAGUAGAGGAGGACAAAACACACAGUCAACAAGAUUCAUUCGAGGAUGAUGGAACAGAAAGACAGACACGCCAGGAACAGGACAGUGAGGAAGAAAGUGAAAUAAGGGUAGGAGAUAGUGAGUCAGACAUUCAAAGCAGAGAGCAGUGGAGUGAGUCCAGCAGCGAGCAGGAAGACCUUGAAGAUACUAGGCCCAACAGACGUCCAGCUUUACGAAGGGCAUGGCUAAGGGCAAAGCUGUGGUCGAAGUGGUUCCGGCGAACUAACAAUCACCGUGACAUCUGAAGCAACUCCGAUAGCAUACUACUGGAAUGCUCAGGGCGGGCUGGUGUCCAACAUUGUGUUACGCUAGAAAACACGCUGCUCCAUUGACUGUAGCCGACGAAACAUAUCG